AUGCAUCAUCAGAUAGUGCCUAAUGAUUUAGUUGAGAAGAUAAUCUCCUACUUGCCUUUGAAAUUUGCAGUUCAAUGUAAAGUUAUAAGCAAAAAUCUCAACAUUUGGAUUUCCGAUCCUGAAUUUCGUAAAACUCUAUCCCAAAAUCAGAAAAUAUGUACACUAAUCAAUUCAUCAAGAAGCCGAUUAUUCGAAAGUCUCCACAAAAUCUCCAUAAACAGUAGCAGUAUAACAGCCAGUCAUUUCGAGACGACUUUACCUGUUAACCUUAAUGUUUUAGCUAUAUCGGAGGGUCUAAUUCUACUCGACUUUUGUGAACUUAUGAAGUACUGUGUCUUCAAUCCUAUAACUGGAGCGCACCAAUUGAUUCCAUAUCCUGAUCCUGAACAAUGUUACUGGGAAGCAAUUGCUCCAGCUUUUGCUGUUGACUACCCCACUUCUGAUCGAUAUAUGUUGGUAACAGUUAAGCUGACGGAAGAAGGUUAUGGAUUUAAAGUAUUUUCAUCAAUUGGAUGUGGUGUGUGGCAUGAAUUCCAUUUGGGCGAAGAAAAUCAAUUUCUGUAUGUGGUGCAAGUUAAUCCUGAUUCAAUCCAUUGGCUCAUAAGAACUUAUGUUGGUGGCGUUAUUCUUGGUUUCCAUACGAAGAAAAUAGAGAAUUCCAUAGUCAUUUCAUCUUAUGAUCAUACGAGCAAUGACUGGAGUGUUUCCUAUAACGUGACCACCAAUUUCAUUAGCGGUCUCGACUACUAUAGCUAUUCCUUUCCAGUAUGGAUUGACAGAGAACAGUUGUUUUUCCUAGCAGAAUGUCCUCCGCGACAUGAUCAUGAUUCUGGGAGAAAGAGGUAUCAAAUAACUCCUGCUUUGGAGGAUGAUUAUUGUUUUGGUUAUUAUCCAUGCGAGUUAUAUACCUUUGCACCAACUUUAGCCAGUGUUCAAUCGAUUCUCUCAUGCUCUGUCUACGGGAAACAUGUAUCAUCUAUCAUUGAAACGUUAGAUGAGCUCAAAAGAUUUAUCACAGACAACAACUCGUAUAGUUAG